GCUUGAUUUUAAGUUAAAAGAUGAACAGUUACGAAUUUUUAAACUUGCUGUUUUAUAAAAAAAUACUGAAAGUUUUAAAUUGAAAAAAACUAUAAGUACCUAUCUUAAAUUGAUUAUCAAAAUUUGAAUUCAAGAUGAAUCGAGGUAUUGUCGAUGUGUUUUUGUUAAUGUCCAAUUUUCUGAUUAUUGGCAUAAUGUCUGAUGCAUUGAAACCUGUAAUGGUUAGCGUUGUUUUUAGACAUGGUCAUCGAACACCUGAUUUGAAAGCAGUUUAUCCGAAUGAUCCCCAUAAGAAUAAUACUUAUCAACCGAUAGGUUACGGAAAUUUGACUCCGCAAGGUAAAGAUGCAGCUUUGAAACGAGGUCAAAUGCUUCGUCGUAAUUAUACUGACCUCUUAAGUGCAACAUACAAUCCAUCUGAUUUUGUUGCUCGAAGUACAAAUAAACCUAGGACAAAUAUGACAUUGGAGUAUGUUAUUGCUGGAAUGUAUUCACUUAGUUCAGUUGAACAAUUUCCUAUCAAAAAUGAUAUACAUCCCAGUGACAACUUAUACUCUGCUUAUUUCUUCAAAUGCGAAAAGUUUAAAAAUGCUUAUGCCAGUGUAUUACAAUCAAACGAAAUAAGACAACAAGUACUUCAAUUUCAAGAUUUACUUAAAAAUGUUUCUGAAUGUGCAGGAAAAGAUGUUUCUACUAAUUUAUUUUACCUUUAUGAGCUGUAUGCCCACUUACAGGCACAGAUUGCAUUAGGUUUGAAGAUACCAGAAUGUUUUAAAGAUACAUUUCCAAAUGGUGGCAUGAAAGACGCUUCAUUCCUAACAUUAAAAUCUUUGAGUUUUACUUCAGUUCUAUCAAAAUUCAAUGGGGGACAAUUUUUAAGAAACAUUACACAGAGUAUGAUGGAUUUUGUAGAAGGCAAAGGAAGAGAGAAGAUGUACUUGUACAGUGGUCAUGAUAUUAACGUUGCUGGUUUUUUUCAUUCUCUUAAAAUAAAAUUGACUAAACUGCCCUAUUUUUGCGCUGCUGUUGUGGUUGAAUUACAUCUUCAGAACAGAGAAUAUUUCGUAAGGAUUUUAUAUUACCCUGAUGAUUCAACAAACUUUGAGAUACUUAAACUGGAGAACUGCAACGAAUUGUGUUUAUUACAUGAGUUCAUUAAUUUAACUAAAGAUGCGGUUCCAUCUGACGAAGACUUAAUAUGCUAAAAAAUAAUUAUUUUGCAAUCUUUAAAAUUGUUGAAAAUAUUUUAAUAUAUUGACUUUGCAAUGUAAUAAUAAUUGGAAUAAUUAUUUUAUAUAAUAUGUAAAGAAAAUAAAAGAAAGGAUUGU